AUGAAAGUUUCAGUAGCUUUAAAUCUCGUUAACAGAGUUAGACACACUAUAAAAGAUGAUGAUGAUGAUGAUGAUGAUGAUGAUGAUGAUGAUGAUGAUGAUGAUGAUGAUGAUGAUGAUGAUGAUGAUGAUGAUGAUGAUGAUGAUGAUGAUGAUGAUGAUGAUGAUGAUGAUGAUGAUGAUGAUGAUGAUGAUGAUGAGGAUGAUGAUGAUGAUGAUGAUGAUGAUGAUGAUGAUGAUGAUGAUGAUGAUGAUGAUGAUGAUGAUGAUGAUGAUGAUGAUGAUGAUGAUGAUGAUGAUGAUGAUGAUGAUGAUGAUGAUGAUGAUGAUGAUGAUGAUGAUGAUGAUGAUGAUGAUGAUGAUGAUGAUGAUGAUGAUGAUGAUGAUGAUGAUGAUGAUGAUGAUGAUGAUGAUGAUGAUGAUGAUGAUGAUGAUGAUGAUGAUGAUGAUGAUGAUGAUGAUGAUGAUGAUGAUGAUGAUGAUGAUGAUGAUGAUGAUGAUGAUGAUGAUGAUGAUGAUGAUGAUGAUGAUGAUGAUGAUGAUGAUGAUGAUGAUGAUGAUGAUGAUGAUGAUGAUGAUGAUGAUGAUGAUGAUGAUGAUGAUGAUGAUGAUGAUGAUGAUGAUGAUGAUGAUGAUGAUGAUGAUGAUGAUGAUGAUGAUGAUGAUGAUGAUGAUGAUGAUGAUGAUGAUGAUGAUGAUGAUGAUGAUGAUGAUGAUGAUGAUGAUGAUGAUGAUGAUGAUGAUGAUGAUGAUGAUGAUGAUGAUGAUGAUGAUGAUGAUGAUGAUGAUGAUGAUGAUGAUGAUGAUGAUGAUGAUGAUGAUGAUGAUGAUGAUGAUGAUGAUGAUGAUGAUGAUGAUGAUGAUGAUGAUGAUGAUGAUGAUGAU